GCUUGAUGUUUGAACGCGAGUGUCCAGCUUUCCAUACUUGUGAGUCUAGCUUCAAGUGAGCCUGGUGCCAAUAGGCCUACUGGUGUCCCAGUGUCCCAGAGCGGCCGUUUGCCCCUCUGAAGGUUACUCACGGCAGUACGCUGAACUCCCAGCAGCUCUGAAGGUCAUAGCAUCUCUUGCUAUAUUCUAUCAACAAUUCCCUCUCACUCAACUACUCAGUAACUCACCAGCAGACCAUGAGUGACAAUUUACCGAAGGAUGGCGAUGGUUACAAGAUCCAGAAUGUCUUUUACAACACCCAGCACGCGGACUUGGAACACGGUGUCUCUGCGGUUGGCACUCCCAUCAUAGGGCACACGGAUGAUGGCUCCUCUACAGGGAGUGAUCACCGCACUUUCAUAGUCUCAUACACGGGAGGAGCAGAGGAUCUCGUAACGAUCAUCAAUCUAAAGAGCAAGACUUAUGCUUCGGCUAAUACCCUGGGAAUGAAACUCGAAGGUAACGGCUCGCCCGUGGUAUACCAAUUGAUCGAAUCCCAAUUGUCCCAGGGCGAGUUUAUCAUCCGCAAGCAAAACACCAACUAUGUGUGGUACCUUGAUAGCGACUCGAACCAAACCCAGAUCAGAAUUGUUCCAGCUCCUGCUGAGACUGACAAGAAGCAGUACUGGAAGUUCGUGCAACAGGAAUGAGUUUCACGUGGGAGGAGACCCCGUUGCUGUUAAGUUGUUUACCGGUGAAAUUCUGCACUCAUUUUAGCCCAUGUUAGCGGUCGUGACGUAGGGAAUAAAUGUUGUGAUGUGCAACCAGAACAUCCCUCCUGCGCGUUCCGAUACUUACUUUGCGAAAGAAACGCCAAUAAUCAAUGAACCUUACUAGUGACACCUCCACAUUUUUGUAAAUCAGAGUUACUCGCGGGUUUGUCACUUGUACAGUAUUCCAUUCCUAACACUACUCGACUCACUUGUUUUGUUGUUCUGUGCACGUACUAGUAUGUUCUCUGAAUAUUGUGUUUUUCUUGACACAUUUCAUUUGUUACAAAGAGUCCCCGACUCACAAUGUUAGUGGAAAACAUAGUACGAUGAAACCAGGAGGUUACCAUCACCCUUUCAACAGUUA